AUGGACUUGUUGUGGUCAAUGAACAGUUCUGUCAAGUGUUUCCCACACCUACUGGAUGAUAUAAAAGUUGAAGGUCUCUGGAGUUUUCUUGAGUUCCUACCCUCCACAGCCUCUUGUUGCAAGAAAAAUGAAGGCAAUUUUUAUGAGCUGAAUUUUUUGUCUCACCUUGUCCAUUGGUAUGGCACUACCUGGUGUUUCUAUUGGGUGAAAUGCUCAUUCCUCUUAUUACAGGCUGCAAUUCUUCUUUUGCUGGGAGUCACCUGGACUCAAACUUCUGCCUUGGAGAGUUAUCUCCUGCCGGCACCUAACAAUGAGUAUGUCACCGGCUCUAUGACCAUUGACAACAAGAAGAACUAUGCUGAUGUCCAUGUCCGAUCUGGCAUGUACUCCUCUGACACCAUUUUUGACUACCAGCACGGAUAUAUUGCAACAAGGCUGUUUGCACGACAUGCUUGCUUCAUCAUGAAGAUCGAUGAAGCUUCCAUCCCUGAGCUGCAAGAGAUUGGACGUCAGGCUUUUGAGAGACAGACUAUGAAGAAAAUCUAUUCUCCAAGAGUUAUGUGGGUGCAGUUUCAGUCUGGAGAUGCCAUGUUUGGGAGCCUCAGAGAGUGGAUUCGCUAUGGUAGACCCAUUGAGCAGCUCUGCAAGGGUCUGCCUCUCUACAAGCUUACAAAGAGUGCACCACUCACUAAUAACAACAGCUGUGCCAGAGCAGGAAUUCCAUCCAUUUUGGGCAUUAAUAUCUGUGAAAGACUCAGAGAGAACAACUGAUCUGGACAGCCCUUCUACAUGGAAAUGGCUCAUUUCUCUAUGUGCUUCUCCAAUGGUACACAUGUUCUUAAACUGGAAGAAAACAAAAUCAAUUUACCUGUCCUAAGCUUUGAAAGCAACAAACAUAUGCUCUACAAAUAAAGAUACUUUA